UCACCUCUCCCACACCCCAUCACCGUGUCCCCGUUCUCCCCCUCCACACCCACCUCUGCUCCCCCACUCCCCGUCUUCUCCGUCUCCGCCCCUAUCCGUCCCCGCCAUGUGCGACGCGAGCCACCCGGAAAUUGCGCCUGCCCUGCAACGGGUGGCUGACGCUCUUUCGGGCUACGUCGUCCUGGGCUAUCACAAGAAGAAGGUGCUGCAUGUCCUGGCCGAGGGCUCCGAGACCGUACCGCCGCUGGAUGAGGUGCUGCUACCGGGCGUUUGCGCCUGGGUCUUUCUCGCCCUCCGCCCGCUCCCAGACCCGCAGCCGCAUCGCCAUCUGCUGGUGGCGUGGUCCGGCCCGCGGGCUUCGGUCGUUGCUCGCGCGUCCAUGGCCGCCCACAAGGCCUCCAUCAACGCGGUCAUUCCGUCUACCCCCGCCCCUCAUGGCUUUGUCCGCGCCUCGCGGAGAGAUCACUACGCCCUCGAUGCCCUGCUCACGGCCGCCGCCGCCAUCCACUUUACACCAACCCGUCGGUCGUCGGUCGCGGCGCUUCCAGGCGCAUCGGUCACUCGGCCGCCGCGGCCGGCCUCGUUCGCGCUGCCGGCACUGCCGGAGAAGCCGCGCCCGGGAUCGGCGCCGCCGGCAAGCCCCGCGCCCAAGCCGGAGCGCAAGCCCAAGCCGCAGCUACCGCCGGCCCGCCCGCGGUCGCGGCCGCGUCCAGUCUCGGUCGCGCACGCCUCCAACAUCAUUGCUGGGCGCAACCUGACCAAGGCCGCGCCGCCGGUCGCCCGCCGACUCAACUCACCGCGCUCGUCCCGCAGACGAGUCGCCAAGCCGCGGGCCCGCCUCGACUCCAACGCGCGGCGGGAGCGUCGCGCCACCGCAUCGGCCACAAACUCACCGGAGCAACCAGUAGAGCCACGGCUUCCGACCCCGCCGCCGUCGCCACAGUCGCCAAUGCUCCCAGACUUGGCUACCCCGACUCUGUCGAGUUUUGAUGACGAGUCGUCGCUGGUUGGCCAAGAGCUCGGCAUUGUGCGCGAGCUCCGCGACCCGGCCACAGUGGCGCAGACACUUGCCGACGCCGUCGCCGUCCUCGAGUGGUCGCACCGGGUGCUAGAGGCCAACCUGGCGUCUGCAGGCAACGAGGUCGCGAUUGACGCCAAGGCACGGGCCAAGCACCUCGGUCUGUACGACGGCAUCUAUGAUGGCCAGUGGCUGUGUUUAGCGGCUCCGCUUGAGGCGCUGACCUCGUGGAUGUCACCGCAGGACGGCGAUGCCGAGGGCAACUCUCAAAUUGGCCUUCUCACGCCCGACGAGACCCUCGCAUUCUACUCGCAGCUGAUGGAGGUGCUCGAGCUGCCCAAGCAGCUGGUGUUUGAGCCUGUAGCGUUGCUGGAACGGCGCGACGUGCCGGGCGUGCUCGCCACUCUCCGCACGCUCGGCAAGCUGCUGGAGGAGCCGCUCUUUGCUGCUCCGCCGCCCACUUAUCCGUACCAGGCUGAGCAGGCCCUGCUUGUGUACUGGGCCCACCGCGAGGCGCUGCUCGCUGCUGAGCGUGGCGGACCGGUGGGAGAACUUGACGAGGCUUGGGUCUCGGACGCUGAUGCAGCCUCGGCCUUUCUCCGGCUCUCGCACUCGGAGGCUGCUGUGACGCUCGACGGCGACUCAAUGGCAGUCAUGGCGCGGAGCUGGCUCGAGCCUCGCUACUUUCUGGAUCCAGCCAAGCUCGAAAUGGGCCACGAGCUCGGCGAGGGCGCAUUCGGCCAGGUCUACGCCGCCGUCUACGAGGGCAGCGUGACCGCGGUCAAGGAGAUCACCGUCAACGAUGCCGAGCUCCCGCCGUUUGUCAUCAAGGCCUUCCUCAAGCUUAUUGUCCGCGAGGUGCGGCUCCUGCAGGAGCUGCGCCACCCGAACGUGCUGAGCUUUGUCGGCGCUGUCUUUCCCGACGACGGCGGGCUCUCGUUCCGGCUAGUCACCGAGUUUAUGGCCCGUGACACGGUUCGCAAGCAGCUCGACGACUACGGCCACAGCCUCGGCUGGCACAUCCGGCUCCGGAUGGCGGCCGACUCGGCCCGCGGUAUGGCCUACCUCCACACCCAGAACAUUCUCCACCGCGACCUCAAGUCGGAGAACCUGUUUAUCUCGCAAGAGUGGCGGACCAAGCUCGGCGAUUUUGGCUUUGCUCGCGUUGCCGCCACCACCAAAGAAGUCACCGCCGCGCCCGAGCCUGCAGCUCCGGAUCGCUCGCGCUCGCGCUCGCGCUCUCGCUCACGCCGCUCGCGCUCCCGCAUCGACCGCUCGCGCAUGACCAUUUGCGGGACUGAGGACUUUAUGGCGCCCGAGCUGCGGAUGGGCAAGGCCUACGACUCGACGGCUGACGUCUUUUCGUUUGGCAUUGUUCUCUUUGAGAUCCUCACCGGCCUGCAGGCCGACGACCCGCCACUCGCCCGCGACCGCGGCUCCGAGUAUACCCUCGACUACUCGCUCCUCCGGGCCUACGUUCCGGCCUCGGUCCCGCCAGCACUGCUGGAGCUGGCCAUUGCCGCGACCGCGCCCGAUGCCGACGCGCGGCCGUCCAUGGCCAACAUCCUGUACGAGCUCGAGGCUGCGCGUGCAGCGCGAUACGGCCCAACGCCAUGGCCCAAGCUAGUCUCCGAACUUCUGGCGAGCGACCUCGAGGCGACUGUCGACGACGCGCUCGCCAGCCUCGCUGCCGCCGAAGACGCCUGGUUUGUCAAUCUUGUCGCCAAGCUCGGCGAGGCUCCCGAAGCCGACCAGCUCAACGUCGACGGCGGCCGGCUCUAUCCACUGCCGUACAAUCCGGACGAUGCACCGACAACAGGCCCGCCUCCAGCCCUGCCGCCCAAGAGAGCCAAGGAGCCAAGGGUCCGCCGCCGGCACUCCCACCGAAAAAGCCGGCGCCGGCGCUCCCGCCGCGGCUAG